AUGUGUCAGGAAUCAUCGGAUGAUGAACAAACGCAACAACAAUCAGGAAAUUCGCAAACUUCGUUAACAUCCUCGUUACCCGGAGAAUUAACAAUUUCUGACGGUUUGUUGAGAGCUCUUGGUACGGCAGGUGUUUUAAUAACAGGUAUCGCAGGUAUCGCAGCAAUUUUAUCAUUUUUAUUACCCAUGUUCGGAUUUAGAUCCUGCAUGUUGUUCGGAACUUGCGAUUCGAGUUACGAUACGACAGCAUACAGUAACGUAAAUUCAAAUUCUAUUUACGACACUCAGGGGUACGGUAAUUAUCAAUAUAAUGGAAAUCCAUACAAGAAAAGAUCUUUGGAAUAUGUCGGUCCAAUAUUAAAAAUGUUAACGGCUGCUUAUGAUAAAUACGGACCGAAAUAUUCUAGACAAUCAAAAUCGUUUGCGUUUUUCGAUAAUCAACAACAACAACAACAACAACAACAACCAUCGCAACAACCAUCACAACAACAAAAAUAA